GGGGAUAGAGGGUUGAGUUUUGUAUGCUUCCAUCCCAUUCUGCAAGACGCUAAAGGCCUCUCAUCAACCUCUCCUGUGUCCAGGAACACCUCCGUAGUAAUCAUUUCGUUUAUUUUGUCUUUUGGAGCUGGAGCGCAUUGCCAGAAGUGGUCGAUUUAACUGAAGCUUUUUUUUGUGUGUAAAUGCUUGUUGUAUGAUGACUCCAGCUUGCGGAGCCAUCACCAAAAACAAAAAAGUUUUCUUCAAACGCAUUUCGAAUAAAAACUAGAAUAAAACAGAAGCAACUACAACCAUAUCCUGCUAUUUGAACGACUUCUUCAACGACUAGGAGGAUCACGUUCCAACCAGCUACCGAGAUAGACUACAGUAACCCACUCUGUGAAUUGUUCAUGUCGUGCCAACACAGGACGGGCUCAAGGAGACAGGACUUGUGAACUCAACUGGGACUUUUGUUUCGUUCUACACGUUUUAACUACAACAAACUUAUUUUACUGUUAUUUGUCAACCACCAAGAAGGAAAGAUUGCUCUUCAACAACUACCUUCCUAUUAUUCUCAUUUGGCUGGAGCGGGUUUGUACGAAACUGUUUUAAUGUUUGGAAUUCAGGAAAAUAUAGGCUUACCUAGAGGAGGGACGACUAUGAAAGAGGAACCGCUGGGCAGCGGGAUGAACUCGGUCCGCUCGUGGAUGCACACAUCUGGGGUAGUGGAUGCGAACACAGCCGCCCAAAGCGGUGUGGGUUUGGCUCGGGCACACUACGAGAAGCAACCACCGUCCAACCUCAGAAAAUCUAACUUUUUCCACUUCGUUCUUGCGCUGUAUGAUAGACAAGGACAGCCGGUGGAGAUCGAACGGACAGCUUAUGUGGACUUUGUGGAGAAGGACAAAGAACCUAACAGUGAAAAAACGAACAAUGGGAUACACUACAAACUCCAGUUACUGUACAGCAACGGUGUCAGAACAGAACAGGAUCUUUUCGUACGAUUAAUCGAUUCCAUGACAAAACAGGCUAUUAUCUAUGAAGGUCAAGACAAAAACCCAGAGAUGUGCCGAGUGCUUCUCACACACGAAAUCAUGUGCAGUCGGUGUUGUGAUAAGAAGAGUUGUGGCAACAGGAACGAGACUCCUUCAGACCCCGUUAUCAUCGACAGGUAAGAAACAGACCGAUGUUCGGUUACAGAUCUUUUCUAUAUUCUGGUUUAGUCGUGUGGCGUGUGCUGUGUGUAUGUGCUGUGUGUAUGUGCGGAGUGCGAUGGUCAUGGUUGUUGUAGUCAUUCUGGGACUAUUGUUGUAGUCAUUCUUGGGGAUUCUGUGGUGCCCAACUUCUGUCUCUCUGUCUCUCAACAUUGUACUGUCUCUGUGUUUGUUGUUCUCCUGCGUUGUUGCACAGGUGGGUUGACUUGGAAACCCGGAGGUCUCUGUAGGGGAUUGGGUAAUUGCUAGCGAGUUGUCAGGGGAAACAGUUUCCUCGGCCUUUCCUCUCUCUGUGCUCUGCCCUGCUGUGAGGGAGUCCGUUGUUAACGCUUGGAGUGCGCUUGGCUUUACAUUCAGACUUGUAUCAUUGAGUGGCCGCCUCCUAAUUUACGAACAAGUGUUUUUUAUUCAGUACUCUGUCAUUUAUUCCACUAUACUGUAUUUCUAUGUGAAUCUGAGUGCUUGGCUGCCUUCCUACAUGCGGCCCACUGUCCAGGAGAGUUUGAUAUGAUGUUAGAUGUAUUGUUACUGCUACUGGCUGAGCACAGUUUUCUCAGUCGUAGUUCAUUGGAUGUGAACAAGUAUUUUGGGAGAGGGAAAGACGAUGAGUUAAAACCAGGGUGAAAUAUGGAGAAACCAGGAGAGGGAAAGACGACGAGUUAAACCAGGGUGAAAUAUGGAGAAACCAGGAGAGGGAAAGACGAUGAGUUAAAACCAGGGUGAAAUAUGGAGAAACCAGGAGAGGGAAAGACGAUGAGUUAAAACCAGGGUGAAAUAUGGAGAAACCAGGAGAGGGAAAGACGAUCAGUUAAAACCAGGGUGAAAUAUGGAGAAACCAGGAGAGGGAAAGACGAUCAGUUAAAACCAGGGUGAAAUAUGGAGAAACCAGGAGAGGGAAAGACGAUGAGUUAAAACCAGGGUGAAAUAUGGGCCACCAGUGGAUAGCAAUGCCAAUGUUUGAGCUGUUAGAAUAUCUGUUUGCUUAGCGGAGAGUAUUUGGUAUCUGACACAGGGAACAUAUCUCUUUAUUAGUAAUCACAUAUGUACGGCCAGUUGCUGCCUUCCUUUCACUCAGUCAGUCAGCGACAGUCUAUGUGUCAACCAGUGGAACACAGAGCUCACAGACGACUCACAUUCUGGACUGGAGCAGCUCUGGCAGAAUGUAUGCAUGUUUACAUGUAUUCACAAUCACGUGUAUGAUUGCAUUCUGGGUAUUUAUGCGUUCAUUUACCGCCAUUACACACUAUUGUAUUAUGACUGUAUAUAUAUUUAUGAACGUGUGUAUUAUGACACUAUAUUGUAUUUAUGUUGUUGUUACUUAGAGACAUAUAACAUGUUUAUUAAAGGAAUGUUGUUUAGUGGUAAAAUGGUAAAAUGAUGCUUUUCAGACCUACUUCAGUUGUACACAUCUAUACACGUGUUUCCACGUGUUUCUUAUAUCACCUCCUAUUGGUUGAGAAAUGGACUUCAUUAUUUGACAGUGGAAUGACAGCGUGUGUGAUGUGAUAUGUCCAUGAGGGUGUGUGUGUGUGUGUGUGUGUUAUGUCAUCUGUCCAGUAUUGGUAAUAACCUGUUAACAAGGUAGAUUUGAUUAGUUCUGUGCUUAGCACGGUUAUCACUCUGCAAUG